AUGCCUGAUCACCAUGAACUCAAGGGGAUCUCUGUGGGGCAGGGCCCGCGCCAUGAGCUCAGCGAAAUGCACGAGGAGGUUCAUCAAGAUGUCUCCAACGAGGUCAAAACUGGUUUCACCCUGAAUGACCAAAGAGAUAUGCAGCGCAUGGGCAAGAAGCAGGAAAUGAGGAGAAAUUUCCGAAUCGUGAGCACAAUUGGGUUCACUACCUGCGUCAUGGGGACAUGGGAGAUUUUGCUCUCGUCCAACACUCCCGGGCUGACGGCUGGCGGAAGACCAGCGCUGUUUUGGUCCUUGGUAUGGGCUUAUUGUGGCCAAUUUUUCAUUGUCAUGUCCCUAGCAGAGAUGGCCUCCAUGGCACCAACGGCAGGAGGACAAUACCAUGCAAGUCCCCCGGAUGCUACAUUCGGUUGGGUUUCGGAAUUUGCUCCCCGAAAGUACCAGAAAUUCCUUAGUUAUGCCUCGGGAUGGCUGUCGACUAUCUCGUGGCAGAGUAUCGUGGCUCUGGAUGCCUAUCUGGUGGGAACCAUUAUCCAAGGCAUGAUCUCCCUCAACAAUGAAUCAUAUUCUCCAACCCGCUGGCAAGGAACGCUGCUGGUGGUUGCUGCCGCUAUCGGCAUGUCCCUGUUUAACAUCUUUGCGGCAAAGCAUUUGCCGCUGGCUGAGGGUAUCUUCGUCACCUGCCACUUCUUCGCCUUCUUUCCUGUAAUUGUGACGCUGCUGGUGCUGGCUCCCAAGGUCAAGGCCGUAGACGUCUUUACCGGGUUUACAGACUAUGGAGCCGGGUGGCCGGACAUAUCGCUCACUGUCAUGGUGGGCCAGGUGUCCUCUAUGUUUGUUGUGCUAGGAUCCGACUCCGUUGCCCACAUGUCGGAAGAGAUUGAAAAUGCCAGUGUCGUGGUGCCCAAAUCCAUGGUCAGCGCCUUUUUGCUGAACAUCCCAUUUGCAUUUGGGCUACUUCUCUCCCUUCUCUUCAGCAUGCCUGACGUUCAGGGAGCACUCGACUCACCCACUGGAUUCCCCUUUAUUUUUGUCUUUCAGCAAGCGUUUAAAGAUAAGGCUGGCUCCACCGUGCUGGUGGCCGUUGUCCUGAUUCUUCUCAUUAUGAUCACCAUCAGUUCCCUAGCUUCUGCCUCGCGCCAGACAUUUGCUUUCGCUCGCGACAAUGGCUUGCCGUUUUCGGAAUGGCUGGCUGCGGUUCACCCCGAACUCCAUAUUCCGGUCAACUCCAUUCUCUUCACCUGCGCCUUCUCGAUCGUCAUGUCGCUGAUUAACCUCGGCUCCACCGUGGCCUUUAACGCCAUGCUGUCUCUCUCCACUACCGCGUUGAUGGCCACCUACCUCAUCUCCAUCGGCUGCGUUAUUGUCCGUCGUAUGUACAACAAUCCUCCCCUACCCCCAUCACGCUGGUCUCUCGGCCGUUUUGGUCUCCCAGUGAACGUGAUCGCCAUGGUGUACGCCACCUGGUCGUUUUUCUGGAGUUUCUGGCCCAACGCGUAUCGGGUCAAUGCGGAGAAUUUCAACUGGGCCUGCGUGUUGUUCCUGGGAAUGAUGGGUGUAUCUGCCGUAGUGUACGGGGCGUAUGCGCGCAAAGUGUAUGACGGACCGGUGGUGAAAGUGGAAGGGCGCAGAUUUGCGUAG